AUGGGAAAGGGAAGUGCUAAGGGCAAGAAAGGCGGCGCAGCCAGCUGCCCGGGCAGCCCGAAGUGUGUAUCGGAAGAAGUGCAACCCCGACAUUAUGUAUAUGUCGGCAAAGUCCCAGCGAGCUCAGUCGACCCCACGGGUGCCACGGGAAAGGGCAAGCACGCCAAAGGAUCCAAGGGAGCCAGCAAAGGGGAUGCUGAAAAGGGCAAGGGCAAGUCCCCGGGAAAGGCCACAGACAAAGGAAAGGGGUACAAUGGAGGCAAACCCAGCGGUUCGUCCCCCCCAAGUGGCAAAGGGCACGGGGAUCCCAAUUUCGAGACGCCCACGCCCAAGCGACGCAGCACCGAAUGCUUGGCAUCAGGCGCACCGCCAACCAGGCCAGACCCUAACCGAUCCCCAACCCACGCAGAGAACGAACCGAAGCCAACAAAGGGAGCUUCCCAGAAAGGGGUGGCAGCCCAGGGUGGUAAAGGCAACAAGGGUGGCGAGGAGCAAGCUCAAGCUGCGAAGGGUGUCAAGGGCGCCGCUGUGGAUGGGGGUGCCAAGGAUGCCUUGGAUCCGAAAGGCAAAGGCCAGAAAGGUACCACCAAGGGUGCUGCGCAUCACUCGGAUGGCAACGGCUCGAAUGGUGGCUAUGGUUCCAUGGCGAGCAAGGGCAAGGGCAAGACAAAGGGCCCCGGGGUGGAUCAGAAUGCAGGUACGAAGGGUGCCGCGGAUCCGAGCAUCAAGGGCACCCGCAAGGGUGCUGUGGAUGGGGGUACCAAAGGUGCCGUGGAUGAGGGUGUCAAGGGUGGCUUGGAUCAUAAAGGCAAAGGCAAGAAGGGUACCGCGAAGGGUGCCGACCAGUCGGGUGGCAAAGGCUCGAAGGGCGCCGAUGCUGUGGAUGCGAGCAGAGACACCUCUGUGGAUCACGGGGCCAUGGAUCAGAUGUCUGGCAAGGACAAGAAGGGUGAUCAGGCUGGCAAGGGCGAGAAGGGUGAUCAGUCUGGCAAGGGCAAGACGAAGUGUGAUCAGUCGGGCAAGGGCAAGACGAAGUGUGAUCAGUCUGGCAAGACGAAGUGUGAUCAGGCUGGCAAGGGCAAGACGAAGUGUGAUCAGUCUGGCAAGGGCAAGACGAAGUGCGAUCAGGUGAAGGGCAAGAAGGGUGCCACAGAUCAGGAUGGUCAUCAGAAGGAUGUUGGCAAAAGAGUGGCCGCGGAAUCAGGGGAUGAAUACGAUCGUCGAGUCUGUCGUCGUGUGUCUUUUGGGGCAGGGGCUAUUCAGAUGCAGCCAUUGGCCACCAGAGUGGAUGCCCAGAGAAUUCCAGAUGAGGCCUACGGAAAGGGCUCGUGGCCCAAUGGGUUCGAGUUCCUGAAGGCAUUCCUCCUCGACCGAGAGAACCUCUCUUCGAUCAAGGUGGAGCCCUACUACGAAGAGCUUUCGGAGACGCAAGAGAAAGAAACGUACACGGAAUUGCCUCUCUGUCUCAUCAAAGAGAAGUACGAGCACUUACCAGGAGGCCAGACCGGAAAAAGACAUCCACAAUCCGACUCGGACAACAUGAUGAUGUACAAAGUUUUCGACUCCGUCAAAACUUCGAGUGCCAGUAUCAAUCGAUGUGGCAACCGCACGAGUGCCGCCAUGUCCCCCUCCAACAACAAGGCCGAACGGCACGCGAUAGCCGAAGUGCUGGAGGCAAAG